AUGGCAGCUAAGGGGUACUAUCUUCAAUCUGAGAUCACAACUACGGUUUUUGUUUUGUUGUUGUUGUUGUUCUGUCACCUAGUUAGAUCUUCAUGCAAGUUUCUGUAAUUGAAAUUGAUAUUCAUAAUCGACGUUGAAUUUUCGCAGUCCAAAGGUCCUAUUUCGCUGCCAUGUCGAAAGCCGCUGCUGAGCAAUGGGGUAUGUGGUCACCGUUUGGUUUUUCACAGAUGUUUGGUGGGAAAUUUGGAGGUAGUUCUAAAGGUUCCCAAUUGCAGCAUGCCUCCCAAGCCCAACAUCCAUGGAGUACCGAAAAGAAAGGGUUUGCACCUGGAACUGCUAGUGUAGUACAGCUAUCUCAACAACAACAUGCAGCGGCUCUCAAUGGGUCUUCUGGAGCAGCGGGAGCAGUAGGUGGGCCACAACUACUGCAACAUCAAGGAGCCACACCUACUGCAACGUCCUCGAGUUCGGGUAAAGCAGCAGCUUUGAAUGCGAAUUCUUUUUUAACCGCGGGUCUAAAAGGAGGUGCGUAUCAUGGUGGAGCAACGUCGCCUGGACCUUUUCCGUUGUGGCCUUUUUGGGAUGACCCUCUCUUUCCCGGAGCCGCAACGAUGGGAGGACCAUCACCAUGGGAGCAGGCAAUGGGAGGCGGCUCCUUGGGGGCUGCUGCGGCAUCGGCAGCCGCUGCUCAUCACCACAUGAAUCCUUAAGGCUCUCAUAUCUGAUAGGACCGCAUCUUCCUUAAAAAGUACUAGUAUCAGAGAGUAACACUACUUAGUAUUUCACUUCUGCGAAGACAUUACUUACUCCUCAGUAGAGAGAUUCAGGGAAGUCGUAGGUCCAAUCCGACCCGACUAGUAACAUCAUCGUCCGAAAGUAGCAGUAGUUGAAAAUUGAAUCAAGUGGAUAGCUCUAAAGUCCCUUUGCCGCUGCUGCUACUGCUAGUUCGCCAGGCGGACCCCCAACAUCGGCUUCCGGAACAGGCAGCGCUGGAACAGCUAAAGGUGGAGGAGCUCAUAGUUCUAGUAGUCAUAGUUCUUAUUCUAGUUAUACCGGAAAACAGGGAAAAGGAGCGUCGACGUGGAAGGGAAGCCAAAAAGGCAAGGCUGGAGGAAAAACAAGUUCUUGGGCUUUACAACAGCACCUCCAGGCAUCUGCUGGUGGUAGUAGUAGUAUACAACCUUCUAGUGGUGGUGCAACUACUUCUAUUAAGGGUAUAGGCUAAAGGUGCUUUUGUUACCGUUUGUUAUGGCUCUCGUCCUAAGAGGGACCACGGCCAUAACAAACGGGAGAACCCACGAACACCAAAAACCCACCUCUAAUUCUACUUCUAGUGGUGCAACAACUUCGACAACUGGACCCUCUUCAUCUAGUGCAGCAGCAACAGGAGCAGCGGCACUGUGUGCCGGAGCGUAUCCCUAUGUAGCUUAUCCGGGAGCCGCGAUGGGAGACCAGUCAGGUUGGUAUUCGUGGCCAGGCAUCUUUGCUACUCCUGAGGCUCUUGCUGUACUCGAAAGUUCAACCUCAUCCAGUCUAGGAUCUGCGGCGUUGGCGGGGAGUGCUGCAGUUAAGAUCUUCAUCAUGUGAUCUUCAUUCAUUCUUCAUUCAUACAUCAGCUCGAUAGCCUAUAAAGCGCAUAGAGAAAAAUCACCGGUUAAUUUUCCCUCAUUAUCCUAGUUUAGUCCCUUCAAACGAUGUCGUAGACCACGCUGAACAAAGUUAACAUACGGGGAUAGGAGUCUAGCAUUACUUCGAGUUCCGUGGUAGUAAAAGGCUCUCUUGUAUUUCCACACUUUUUUUCAAAGUUAAUGUUCUGAGGAGCAUGUCGUAGUUCUAAGACAACCGGUCUCGCUAGCGCCGGAGCUAGCGCGUCUUCAGGCAACGGCAGCAGUGCUGCAGGCACGAGUGGAGGAAGCUAUCCAGGUACCAAAGGCAAAGGUAAGGGAAAGGCGCCAUGGCUCUGGCUCGCUCAGUACAUGGCCCAGUGGCACCGACAGCAAAACCCUGGUACAACCACCGGCUCAACCAAGGCCAAGGGUAGUAGCAAAGGAAGCAGUAGUUCCUACUACAGUCUUAGUGCCGGAGGGGGACACUCCUCAGGAGGAACAAAAGGAGGUUAUCAUGGGUCAUACAAUAGUAAAGACUAUACAUCAAGCUCUUCGAAGAAAGGCAGUUCUUACAAAGGUGCCUCCAGCUCUUGGCACAAUUCCAAAGAUCAUACUGGAAAAGGCAGCUCUUCUGCUAUCAAAGGAGAAAAAGGAGAAGCAUCUGCUAACUCGUCUUCUACAACUUCAACUCUCCAAUCUUCAACUAACAAUGCUUCGAACAUUGGUGCUACUGCCACGAGCCGCGCUUCGAACACUUCCAAUACAACGACGAGUGGGCAGCAAGCAGAGGUAGCCGCGAAUGGAACGGAACAUAGCAAGACAUCCUCCAAGACGUCCACCACUGCAUCGUCUUCGGACAGCAUUGGUGCAGAGGGUGCAGCAAGUGGUGGAGACGCGAAAGCACGAGUUACGUCCACUUCCUGGAAUAGCAAAGCCUAUCAAUACGGCGGAGGCAAAGGAGGUACUACUCGAUUGUUCUCACUUUGAUAGUCUACUCUUCUAACACAUAUAAUUAAAUACACUGUGCAUACCCGUCUAAGGACUGGGUAUAUCAUCAUCAUCAUUCUCAAAGCACUAAGUAAAGCAACCGGUUAGUUUUCACCUCACCAAAUCUAGGCUUAUCCCGUGCAGCACUAUGCUGUUUAUUCUCACUUUGAUAGUCAGUCCCCUUGGUCCUCCAAAAAAAACUCUUCUGGUAGUCCAAUCGAUUUUUUCUCGUCCAAUGUCGUAGUCUUCCAAAAGCAACUCUUCUCGUAGUCUAAUAGAUUUUUUCUCUUCCAAUGUCGUAUUCGUUAAACCGUUUCCAAGGUCCACGGCAACACUGGACUGUUGUCAAUAAAGGCAAGGGAAAAAGAAAGUCGCGGAGCGAAGAUGCAGAUGCGACUGGACAGGUAGUCUUAUACGAGAUGGACAAAAACACAGGAAUGAAUAUUUCUUUCAUUAGUACCGAGACUUACACAUUGAUGCCCCGUACAUGACAUCUUGGUUCAGGUUUAUGUACCUCCUCAUAUACCGUAUCAACCAUCCCUUCGAAAAAACCUGGACUCAAUUCAGGGUGCAGGUGGUGGUGGCGUUGCCGGUGGUGAACAAGAAGCCGCUACCGAAACGACAGAAGAGAAGUGGAAGGCACCUGUGUCCGCUUCCUAGGUGUUAUGUUGUAUGAUGGGAACGCGCUGGAAGAAGACAGUGAAUUCGAUUCUAGCUGUGAUGAGACGGCCUAUUCAUAGUACGAUUUGGAUUAGAAUGAAUAGGAAACGAAAGAACUUCAACUUGUUUUGGAUUACUUAUAUUGUCUGUCGUGGUUUUGAGAAUGGUUUUUGUUUAUGAAAGUUGUUGCUGCAUUCUGUAUUACAUACUUGAUGUAGUUUGAGGUGAAUAAUUAUCUUAUUCGGAACUAGACAAGCCGAAGCUCACUAUGACCCCGAUUCAGCUGUUGCUUCUAUGGUGUCUAGUGUCAUCUUUAGAGCUUUUCGCUGUGCGGUACGAUUGAUACAAACAGGCCAUCAUGGUGGAUGGGCCGAGCCCCGAGGUGAAUGGGUGAAGUGCGUGGUAAUAGCUUCGUUACUACUUAACAAUGAAAUGAGACUAAGACUAUGACUAGGGUUGAUCUCUGACCAAAAAAAAAAUUGAAUUAUUUUCCCAACAAAACGAAAGGCUUGACGUGAUGUUUGUUGUAUUUAGAAGAAAGAAAUUACUGAGGAGGUGAAGAGCCAUCGGCUCAAUGGAAGAACUCACCAUCUGCAUAGAGAAGUAUUCAGGGCCGCGGUCGAAGUGUUACUAGGGGGCCGGAUGAUGAAAUGAUAAGUUCAAGUGUCAUUACGAAAAAGAAGAAUGAAAGGAAGAUGAAUUGAGCUUACUACAGUACUUGAAUCAUAUUGAAUAUGAAUACUAGCUGUUACAACUACCACUGCGUGCUAAGGGGAGGCGCACUUGCUAUCCAUCAGCAUUUUCCAUGCUCCGUGAUCGCUGUCCCAAUAAAACAGAAUAUUAUGGCAUGCUAUCUACUGCGAGAAGUACCACCCCCAUUGGUGGUGAACCUAUGUUUAUACAAACAGUCGUGAGAGUCGUUCCAUAAUAAUUUUUACUUAGCAGUCCUACAUCACAUAAUAUUAUUCACCCGUUGUACGUAGCAUCUGUUGUUCUGGUUAGUUUUAACCAUCAAGAUCGUUGUAAGAAAGGAGGUAAGAGCGACUCAUCAUGCGUGUAAUUUGCUUCGAACCACCUAGUUUUUGAUAAUGUUUCUUGUGCAUUUCGUAAACCAUACACAUGACAAUAAGCACUGGAUGUCGAGCAGUCCUUGAUUGACAAUUAAAAUUGAACUAAUGAGAUGAACUAAUAUUUUAGGUUGUUGUAGUACGUCGUAUGCUUGUUAUUUUCUUGUCGAAUGUCGAUAUGAUGAAACAGAGUGUAGCUACUUCACAGUAGAACGAUGAAUUUUACAGAUGAUUUUCGAUCCUUCAGAUUUUUCGAACGACAGACUGUUAUAAGAGAUUUGGUUGUAAUAUCUGGACGUAUGCGUAACCAUGUUGGUUAGAAACGAGGACUUGAAGAUUAUCGUCAGAAUCUGAGAUCUUUCAUCGCAGACCACAUCAAGGACCGACUGAGUCACCGCGGCUAGCUAUGUCAUCCUCGAAGGAGAACAACUAAAUGAAAUAAACACAAUUCAGGCGUGUGAAAAACGACCUCCUUCUAAGAGUUUUCAACACAUGUAUUAAGGUUAGAUUCAGGUUAAAUUGCUGAGCAAAUUUUAGUGUUAUUGAAUUGCUAUCUAUGUAUGUAGAAGACCCAUGGCAUUACUACGAUGUUGAUAUUCGAGACGGUUUGAAAACCAAUCGAAAAAGAAGGUAGAAGAACUCAUGGCGGUUUAUGGUUGAACAUAUGUAGUUUCAAAAAGUCAGGCGUCUCGCGCGUUUCGAGCCUCUUACGACCCAGGGUCAGACACCGACGUUGAUCUCGUAGAAAUGCGACUUUGUCAUUAUAGAAAAUGUGCGAAAUAGAAGUGGGAGAAGUGGAGAUUUAAGAGAUGAAGACUACUGAAAAUGGACAAAUUUUACACUAGGCUUAAGCUAGACCAGCAGAGGUGUUGAUGCAUACUCACAACUUAUUGCUGUAGAAACAAGUGAGGAAAAGGAGAUGCCCACUACUCAGGCUAGCGGCGGGGAGAUAAAUGCCCAUUGAGGAAUUCAUAUGAGCAGCUGUUGGCCUCUUCGGAAGAGAUAAAUGGCCUCUUCGGAAGAAAUACAUAAACCUGCUGACCACUAGCAGCUUCCUUUUAUGAAAAGAGACUAUUCUUUUAACAGUUGCACGACAAAACUUUUCGCGUCUCUCCCCAUAACGUCAACGAAGAAGCGCAU